AUGAUUGUAUCCAAAGAAUCAAUGGAUAUAGACCCGGCCCGAUUGGUCGACUUAGAUCCAAACUCGGGCCGAUUUGACAUUUGGGUAGGCAGGGCCGAGCACAGCAGGAAAAGGAGCAAUCUUUUUACUGUAAAAUCAGCCGUCGAGCUCGAAAAGGCGGUGGGGGCUGAGGGCGGCUACGGAAGUAGCAGCGGCGGCUACUAUGAUGCGAUUGUUGUAGGCUCUGGUAUUGGUGGGCUGGUGGCGGCGACCCAGCUGGCGGUGAAGGGCGCGAGGGUUUUGGUUCUUGAGAAGUAUGUAAUUCCUGGUGGGAGUUCUGGGUUUUAUGAGAGGGAUGGAUUCAAGUUCGAUGUUGGGUCCUCUGUCAUGUUUGGUUUCAGUGAUAAGGGAAAUUUGAAUUUGAUUACUCAAUCAUUAGCAGCAGUUGGAUGCACGAUGGAAGUCAUACCAGACCCCACCACCGUUCAUUAUCAUCUGCCCAAUAACCUUUCUGUACGUGUGCACAGAGAAUAUAACGAGUUCAUUUACGAACUUGUUCGCAGAUUUCCUCACGAGAGAGAAGGCAUUCUCAAAUUCUACGGCAUCUGCUGGAAGAUAUUUAAUUCAUUGAACUCACUGGAAUUGAAGUCUCUGGAGGAACCGAUCUACCUGUUUGGACAGUUUUUCAAGAAGCCCCUCGAGUGCUUGACUCUUGCUUACUAUCUUCCUCAAAAUGCUGGCAACAUAGCUCGAAAGUAUAUAAAGGAUCCCGAAUUGCUAUCCUAUAUUGAUGCCGAGUGUUUCAUAGUGAGCACAAUCAAUGCCAUGCAGACACCUAUCAUCAACGCAAGCAUGGUUUUGUGUGAUAGACAUUUCGGUGGAAUUAAUUAUCCCGUUGGUGGAGUUGGAGAAAUCGCAAAGUCGUUAGCAAAGGGUUUGGUCAAACAAGGGAGCGAGAUACUUUACAAGGCAAAUGCAACUGAAAUUAUAUUAGAAAAUGGAAAAGCUGUUGGAGUGAAGCUAUCAGACGGAAGGCAAUUUUAUGCUAAGACCAUAAUUUCAAAUGCCACUAGAUGGGAUACAUUCGGCAAGCUCUUGAAAAAGGAAGAUAUGCCCGAGGAAGAAAAAAGAUUUCAAAAGGCGUAUAUCAAAGCUCCGUCCUUUCUUUCCAUACACGUUGGGGUUAAAGCCGAUGUUUUGCCACCUGACACUGAUUGCCACCAUUUUAUCCUAGAGGAUGAUUGGAAAAAUCUAGAAAUCCCUUAUGGAAGUAUAUUCUUGAGCAUCCCAACGGUCCUUGAUAAAUCGUUAGCUCCCGAAGGACACCACAUUCUGCAUAUUUUUACGGUUUCUUCAAUCGAGGAUUGGGAGGGUCUCUCGCGAGCCGAGUAUGAAGCAAAGAAGGAAUUUGUGGCUGAUAAAAUAAUUAACAGGCUUGAGAAGAAGUUAUUCCCAGGGCUUAAGUCAUCUAUAGUUUUCAAAGAGGUCGGGACACCAAAGACACACAGGCGGUACCUCGCUCGGGAUAGCGGUACAUACGGUCCAAUGCCUAGAAAUACUCCAAAGGGCUUACUAGCAAUGCCGUUCAACACGACUGGUAUAAAGGGUUUGUAUUGUGUGGGAGAUAGUUGUUUUCCGGGCCAAGGCGUUAUUGCUGUGGCUUUCUCGGGAGUUAUGUGCGCGCAUCGGGUUGCAGCUGAUUUAGGAUAUGAGAAGAAAAACCCGGUGCUCGAUACAGCUCUACUUAGGCUACUCGGUUGGUUCAGGACUUUAGCAUGA